AUGAUUCCACCCGAACUGCUGGCCGUCCUGUCCGGCCCGGCUGUGCUCAGACUCCCCGACCCACUGCCGGUGCAAGAGAGUCCCGGGAGGGCCGGUGUCCGCACCUUCACCCCCCGCACAGUGCGCUUCUCCCGGGACCACCAAUUCUUCGAGGAUGGGGAUGUUUAUCGCCACUUAUACCUGGAAGAUGUAUUGACAGGAAUUGGAGAAGUAGAAGAAAGGGCCAAGGUGUCGGAGUUUCAGUGUCAGACCGCAGGUUGCUCUCAGGUCUUUGACACUCUAGAAUCAUAUGAGCAUCAUUACAACACCCUGCAUCGAAAUGUCUGCUCCACCUGUAAACGCUCCUUCCCAUCUUCCCGACUUUUGGACAUUCACAUCUUGGAGUGGCACGAUUCCUUGUUUGAGAUUAUGGCAGAGAAAACCAAUAUGUUCCAGUGUUUGGUUGAAGGAUGUGUGGAGAAAUUCAAAACCUCGGGGGAGCGUAAGGAGCAUUUGGUCAGGGCACACCUGUAUCCUUCUGACUUCCGAUUUGACAAGCCUAAGACAUCUAAAAAGUGAGUUUGUAUUUAGCAUUCAAUUGCUCAUUAACAAGAAUCAGAUUGAAAACCUCAUAGGAUAUAAUCGUGUAAAAGGACAGAUCCCUAAAACUUCCAGAAUCAGUUGUGCAUGCUGUGUAUUGUUAGGUGUCUUCGAUGACCAGCAUCUCUCUCUCAGAAAUGUUUGUUUAAAAAACAGUCUAACAAGAGAUGGGAAGACCAUCUAG